UCAAUUAAUAUUCAAGAUAGUCAACAAUUAGGAAAUCAACUUUUUUUUUUUCAUGGGAGCUUCUUUAUUUUAUUCUGGAAAAUUUUAAAUGGGCAAAUCAAAUUAAAUAAUAUAACGAAAACUUAUGACUUUUUUUUAUUACCUCAUUUUUCUACUAUAGCAUUUUUCACAUAUUUACCAUAUAUACUAUAUCUCACCAUAUUGCAUUUGAAAAUUUCAAUUUAUAUAUAACUCUGCAUAUAAUUUCUUUCUACCUCCUUCUUCGAAUUCCUCAAUCAUUUACAUACUUUUAUCAUUAACUUGCAUUAUAUAUAUAUAUAAUAAUUUCAUAUUUUCAUUACGAUUUUACAAUUUUUAUCUGCAUAUUAUAAGCUUUUUUUCUCAUCCCUUUCUUGUAAUAUAUAUGUAUUUUUUUUUCUUUGGAUCCAGAUUCUUUGUUUAUAUUCUUUUUGGAUUCAAUGAAUUUUUAAUGAAACAAAUCACAAUUCAACCAUCAAUUUUAUUUUUUAUGAUUUAACGAAUAACUUUUAACGAAACCAUUUUUUUAACGACUAAAUAUAUUUUAUAAUGAUUUUUUUUUAACUCUUGCAUGUUUUUUUUC